AUGUUUAAUAACUUUUCAAAGAGCUCACGUCAAAAAUUUCAACUUGGCGCCAACUCACCGCAAGUGUCACACAGCGGUCUUCUGAAAAAUCUCUCCAGCCCUAUCGAGACUCCACGCGUCUGCGUUGCCAGAUCGCUAUUCGCAUGGUACCGUGACUCCAGCGUGGUCCCACAAGACUCUGGUCUUGGUCCACUCCUCUUCAUAGGUUAUCUCAAUGACUUGCACGGUGAGCUGCGCAGUCCAUCCCUGAUGUAUGCGGAUGACAUCAAAAUCUUCCGUACAAUCGAGGGCAUGCAGUAUCGAAGUACUCUUCAAGCGGAUCUGAGCAACCUAGCUCAAUGA